AGAAAGACUAUGGUGAAUACGUAUUCACGAUAGUAGCUUGAGUAUAUUGAAAUGACAACAAAUGAUUGAUAUUAUUGGGAAUGGUAUAAUAUGAGGUGAAAAAGGGAAUAUAUUCCGGCGCGAACGGGAGCGCACUUUGUUGGUGCUAGAAAAAUUCCCUUCUGAAUUCCUGUUGGUGAGUGCAGGUUAUGUGAGCAUCGAAACGCGUCGUUAUUCACCGUUUUUAUUACAUACUGGCCAGGAUGGGCCAGGGUACGGAUACAUGCACAGAUAGGCCUGCUGAAGUUAGCGUCAUCAGAUUCGUAUCUAGGAAUCGUACUAUUGAAGAAAUAGCCCCCAAAAAGGAAGUAUAUACUUGUAAACAACGGGGCUGUGGAAAGACAUUUACUAAUCAAGAUGAAUACAAAACACAUGAAACUCUCGAGGCUUUAAAAAUUAGGUUUAUCUGUCGAGAACCAGGAUGUGGAGAAGAAUUGUCUGAUCCUGGAAGCAUGUGGCGCCAUUAUCAAGAACGGCAUAAUAAUGAAACAAAUGUAUUUAUAUGUCCAUACACAAAUUGUGGAUCUUUACAUACAACCAGUAUCAAUCUAGAAGAACAUAUCGAAAACUGCCAUAGACAACCAUCAACGUUGCCCACUGAACCAGAAGUAAUAUGUUUUGAAGAUCCCGAAAAUGCAAUGGAUGAGGAAAUUGUACAAAGCACAGAGGAAUGUUAUGAGAAGAGAACAAAUGAAUCUUUUGGGAUAAAAGUAUGCCAGUAUGAUGAUAAUAAUGAGCAAAAUCUUCUCAGAAGUGAUACUGCACAGCAACAAAAAAAUGAGGUUUCUCAUGAUCAAAAUACCGCAAAUGAUAGUUCAAAAGAAGAUUAUUCUUCCAUUAGUGAAUCUUUAAAUGAAGCAGGCACAUUUUCUAUGAAUGAAAAUUUAAUUCUAAAUGCAGAGAAUUUUCUAUCUAAAUACGAGAGUAACACAAACAAAUGUCCAGAACUGCAAAGUGAACAUUCCCAAGAAAAAAUAAAUGUAGUUUAUGUAAAUGGUGAUAUUACCAUUACGAAAAAUACGAAAAAUGAAAUGUGCAGUAUAAAUUCUAGAAAUCAAGACCACAGAAUUGAACUAGAUAAUCUAGAAAAGAUUUUUAGAAAUGAACUUGAUCGUGAUAUUUCAAAAUCUGAAGAGAAUACUGUGGAAACAAACAGUAACUGUUCGGAUGAUGAAGAAUACACUCCAAAGAAGCAACGUAUGUCUAGGUACAAGCAAGAAAUUUAUAAAUGUGCUGUUAAUGGCUGUGGGAGAAAAUACAAAUACAUAUCCCAUUAUCGUCAUCACCAAGAUAGUCAUAAAUUAGCUGCCAAUACAAUUAGUUCAAAUUCUAGCAAGUCAAUACUGAAAUUUAAACAAGGGAAAGCCUCAACAGUCAGUUUUUUCUUAUGCAAGAUUCCUGGCUGUGGAGCUCAGGUGAGCAAUGUAACUGGUUUAUGGAAACAUUACCAGGACAAUCAUGCUAAUUCAAAACUGCCAAUAGUACAAGAAACUGCUAAAAGCAAUGAAGUAUUUCGUUGUAAAAUACCUGGAUGUGAAUCGGAGUUUAGUACAACACUAAUGCUGUACAAACACUUCACUGAAGUGCACUCAAAUGGCACUGGCAAUAAUGCUAGCACAAAUACAAAGACUGGGAAUGGGAGUAGUUUUCAUUAUACUGAAAUAUUUAAAGAUGAUACUACUAACCCACAAGCAAAUUUUAAGACUGACUUUAAAGCAAAGAAUAAUAUUAAUGUAAAUGACUGUACGAUAAGUACUAAUGAUCAAAGAUCAUCAUCAGUUGUUAAAAAGGAAACACGGGAUUGACUUCAGAUAAGUUGGUAUCACAUGUAAACGUGAAGAUAAAUAAUUGUAGCGGUGAAUCAGAGUACUUUACCGGGGCCGCAAAUAUUCAAAUUAUAAAGUAAAUUAUUUUUCCUUCUUCUUUACAAACAGAGAUGCGUCUGUCCUUUAUUCUCCAUCUGUUUAACUAGUCACUUUUUAUUACGCUUUUAUUACUGAUUUUAUGGGGGACGGCCCUCGUUAACUACUCAAAUCUUCGUAAUUAUAACUCUGAAUCAUAGGAAUGUUAAAUAGAGAGAUAACUCUAGGGUUAUCAGAGUUGUUUUUCUAUGAAUUUUAAUUAUUUCAGUGGAUAUUAUAUGAUAAAAAUUUCAUAGCUUUCGAUGUUGAAUUAAAUUUCCAGAUUUACUUUUAUGUAAAUAUAUAAAAAUUAUUAAGAACUUUGUAAUACCUAAAAUUUACUUCUUGUUUACGAAACGGUAUUAUAUUAGAAAUUUACAAUGAAAAAAAUUGAAAUGAAGUAUAUUUUCAAUGUUUUCAAAUAUAUUUUACUGUUACUAUUGUAAUGAAAAACAACAUUACAGCUAUUAUAUACAAAGCAAAUAUUAAAUUAACUCAUUUGUAAUUUCUACAUUUUAAAAAAAAGAUAUGAAAAACAACUCGAACAAAUUUAAAAAGUUAAAACUUAAUAUUCAAUCAAUACAACAGUAAAUGCAAAGUAAACAUACAAUUCCGUAGAUUGAUAAGCCUAGUGCGGCAAAUUUAAAAAUAAAA